CGGGGCCGGGGCGGACGGGCGCGCGGGCCCGCGGGGCGGCGUGUGGAUGGAUCCGCGCGUGGCCUGGAUCCAGCCCGAGCAGAAGGGGCCGGCCAAUGCCCUGUGGAUGCAGAUCUGGGAGACCUCGCAGGGCGUGGGCCGCGGCGGCUCGGGCUUCGCGUCCUACUUCUGUCUCAACUCGCCCGCACUGGACACGGCAGCCGCGGCGGGAACGGCCGGGCUGGGCGGCGGCGGCCUGGCUGGGCCCGCGCUGUCCGCCGCGUCGCCCCCGCCGCCCGCGCCUGGCCCCGCCGCGCUGCCCCCCGCGCUGCUGACGGCGCUCGGGCCCGCGGCUGAGGGCGCCCGGCGCCUGCACAAGUCGCCGUCUCUGUCGUCGUCGUCGUCGUCGUCGUCCAACGCCGAGUCGGGCACGGAGAGCCCCGGCUGCUCCUCGUCGUCCUCCAGCAGCGCCUCGCUCGGCCGGGCGGGAGGAGGCCGCGGCGGCGCCUUCUUCCACUUCGCCGACGGUCCUUCGAGCGGCCCCGGCGCAGCCAACGGGCACCCGGGGCCGCGCGGCCCCGCGCCCGCCGGCUCCCCGCCGCAGCACCAGUUCCACCCGAGCCGCCGGAAACGCGAGAACAAGGCCAGCACGUACGGCCUCAACUACCUGCUGUCCGGCAGCCGCGCGGCCGCGCUGAGCGGAGGGGGCGGCCCCGGGCCCCAGGCGCCGCGGCCCGGCACGCCGUGGAAGAGCCGCGCGUACAGUCCGGGUAUCCAAGGACUUCAUGAGGAAAUAAUUGACUUUUAUAACUUCAUGUCCCCUUGUCCUGAAGAAGCAGCCAUGAGAAGAGAGGUGGUGAAAAGGAUCGAAACUGUGGUUAAAGAUCUUUGGCCGACGGCUGAUGUGCAGAUAUUUGGCAGCUUCAGCACGGGCCUCUACCUUCCCACCAGCGACAUCGACUUAGUGGUCUUUGGAAAGUGGGAGCGCCCUCCGCUGCAGCUGUUGGAGCAGGCCCUGCGGAAACACAGCGUGGCCGAGCCGGGCUCCAUCAAGGUCCUCGACAAGGCGACGGUGCCGAUAAUAAAACUCACAGACCAGGAGACGGAAGUCAAAGUCGACAUCAGCUUUAACAUGGAGACCGGGGUCCGGGCAGCAGAGUUCAUCAAGAAUUACAUGAAGAAAUAUUCAUUGCUGCCUUACUUGAUUUUAGUACUGAAACAGUUCCUCCUGCAGAGGGACCUGAAUGAAGUUUUUACAGGUGGAAUUAGCUCGUACAGCCUAAUUUUAAUGGCCAUCAGCUUCCUACAGUUGCAUCCAAGAAUUGAUGCCCGGAGAGCUGAUGAAAACCUUGGAAUGCUUCUUGUAGAAUUUUUUGAACUCUACGGAAGAAAUUUUAAUUACUUGAAAACUGGUAUUAGAAUAAAAGAAGGAGGUGCCUAUAUCGCCAAAGAGGAGAUCAUGAAAGCCAUGACCAGCGGGUACAGGCCGUCGAUGCUGUGCAUUGAGGACCCCCUGCUGCCUGGGAACGACGUGGGCCGGAGCUCCUACGGGGCCAUGCAGGUGAAGCAGGUGUUCGACUACGCCUACAUCGUUCUCAGCCACGCCGUGUCGCCGCUUGCCAGGUCCUAUCCCAACAGAGAUUCCGAAAGCACCUUAGGGAGGAUCAUCAAGGUGACCCAGGAGGUGAUCGACUACCGGGCGUGGAUCAAGGAGAAGUGGGGCAGCCGGGCCCACGCGCCGCCAGACGCCGAUGACAGGAUUAAGACCACCGAGCGGGCGGGCGCGUGCGACGGGGAGCAGCCUCCGCGCCGGAACCCCGAGUCGCCCUGCGGCCCGCGCCUGGCCCUGUCCCUGCCCAGCCCCCAGCUCCUGUCCUCCGGCUCGUCGGCCUCCUCUGUGUCCUCGCUCUCCGGAAGCGACAUCGAUUCGGACACGCCCCCCUGCCCAACGCCCACCGUGCGCCAGUUCAGCCUCCAGGCGCCUGCCCCUCUGCCGGCCAGCCUGCCCGCCGCCCUGCCCGUGCCGAGCGGCAGACCUCAGUCGGCCACGCCCAGGACGCUGGUCAUGGCAACUAACACCCAGACCAGGUUUACUAUACCUCCACCAACGCUUGGGGUGGCCCCUGUGCCCUGUAGACCAGCUGGCAUCGAAGGAGCUCCGGCGCUGAAAGCUGUCCACCACGUGUCUUCCCCGGCCGUCCCGUCUGCGCCCCCCAAUGCGCUCUCCAGCCCUCACCUGUAUCACAAGCAGCACAGCGGCAUGAAACUGUCCAUGAAGGGCUCCCACAGCCACGGCCAAGGCGGCAGCUACAGCGCGGUGGGCAGCGGAGGCGUGCGGCCUCCCGUGGGCAACCGGGGGCACCACCAGUAUAACCGCGCCGGCUGGAGGAGGAGGAAACACACGCACACGAGGGACAGCCUGCCCGUCAGUCUCAGCAGAUAAUACUCCUGGUGGCGCCACCCGGCCCUCACCUCCCAGACGGGAGCCGGGUGGCCUCGGCGCCCCCGGGACCUGAGACCAGCACCCAGCACGUCGGCCGGGCCCCCGGCGCCCUCGGCUGCUCGCUCUGCAUGUUCCUGUGCGGUGGCCACGUCCGUCCUGAGGAGCGGCUCCCGUGCUCGUCUGUGGAGCCUUACUGGACGUGGACGCUGCCUUCUGCCUUCCCAGGAGUCUCCCUUCAGUGCUGGAGCAGGUCUGGACCGGGAGCUGCGGGGACGGACGGGGCCUUGGCCUUUCUCGGUACCGUGUCUGUCCUUUGCGUUGGUACACUUCAUUCCACGUCGUCAGAGCAACGGAGAUCGAACCCCGUCAUUUGCUGGGAGGUCCUCCUUGUUUUACUGCCCUCACAUUUUGUUUCCAAUUUCAGAACUGUUUUUCUAUGUAAAUAUUGGAAAUUUAUGAUUUGUGCAAUAACUCAGAUAUUUUUUAUUUAAUUUCAUAUUUUCACAUAAGUUAUAUUUAAGGGAGAAGGGAAUUUUUUUAAACGAGCUUAGAUCCUUUCCCGAGUUGCAUUUUCUAAGUUGGGUUUAUCCUGUCGGCUGGUUGUCUGAUGAGUGUUGUGACAAGCACCGCGAAUGAGGGGCUUUAUUUUUAUGUUCCUUCUCUUGGUCAGACGUGAGGCCUCUCAGUUCGUGGUGAAGGAGCUGAGUCCCCCCCGCCCCCCGCCCCCGCCCCCCAGCGGGUUUCCGAGGGGGUUUGACUCCAAAGCCUUCUGACCAGCUGCCCGCCGGCUCUGCCGUCCGGCCUGUCUGUUGUCUUGCUCUGACCGUGGAGUUUUAAUGUUUUGGGUUUGGUUCUUUUAAACUAGACAACAGACCCAGCAUUUAGAGUGCCAGAGUGUAUAACUUUCUACGGGAAGAAAAGGUGGUCACAUUAUGAAAUCUUAAGCAAAUGUGAACUUUGAAACGCCUCACUUUUAGUGACACAGCCUGUAAAUGAUGGGUCUGGUGAACAGCGUCACGGACAAUGGUACCCAGUUUUAGGAAUGUGGAGAAAGGAAUUAUGUUGAUUCUAUUGUGGAAUCUGUAGCAGUAUGCAUUCGUUCUGUUAAGAGCAAAUAUAGGAGAAGCACUUGAGCUGCUCAGUGCGCUGUGGAGGGGUUUUUAACACAUCACAGGAGAGCACAGCCCAGUGUCGGGCCCCGGAGCAGCUGGCGCCCGACUCGAGCAGCAUACAGGUAUACUAUGCACGUGUAUUCUGCCGUGACAGCCACUGUCUUUGUUACCCCUUUUUGAACACUAAUAUACCCAUCCUGCCUCACCCUGAGUUUUUGGAGCACCACAGGGGUCCUGGGAGUUAGGUGCCUCUUCUAGGUCAUCCGACUCCCGUUGUUAAAAUGGGAGUCCAGGCCCCGCUGACGCUACAGGUGGGGUGGUCUUUGAAGUCCACUAGCAGAGAAGGUUGGGACGAGAAGCUUACUGCCGUGACCCCGGUGACAUGCAGGAGCGGGGCGUCCUCAAGUGGGGUCUGAGUGUGGAGAGCUUCACCGCGUCUGCGGGCCCCCUGGAAGCAGGACUGGCCCCCGUGCGUUGAGAGCGGCCGGCCGCGCCUGCAGGGCUCCCUGGGAGGCGCCCAGAGCCGAGUAGCACACUUUGUCUGCAGUUCUUGGUGAUCGGAGGUUAUCAAAAAUAUUUAAAGGUAUUUAAAUCGUGAACCUAUUGGUAAAGAAAUAUUUAUAAAAACUGAUCCGUAGGCCUGUACUAAUCUCUACGCGUUAGCAAUAUUGACUAUAACCCUCCUCCAAGGAAACGCUGCGGGGGACCGUGGGAGUGCCCGCGGGUGUGCCUCGGGACCCUCCGUCCCUGACCCGGGCGCCAGGCUCCAGCCCCGUCACGGUGAACCAAUGAAUUGGCCUGGACGCCUGUGGCCACGCGCCGCGGGCCUGACAACAGGAUAUCAUGUUUCGAUUUUUUUUGUGUGUGGACAACAAUGUGGAAGCGAAAAUUGACAUAUUUUUAUGUAAAGUUUUUCUAUUCUUUGAUUUUUAAUAAACUUUGGAAACCAGGA